AGCAGCAGCGAAGAACCCACUUUCACAUUCUGCUAAUCCCCCAUACGCUUCAUGGCAUCGUCCUCGAACAUCGGAAAUACGCUUCCGACGACUCAUGUGCCAGUCUCUGGUGGAGUUACGCCAGUUGGAACAAUGGUGCAUGCUGAGAAACUCUCCACGACUACAACACCGACUAGCAAAGAUAAGAAAAAGAAGGGUGAACGGCCUCGAAUCCGAAAAGAAGACAUUAGUAAUUCUACAAACUUCCAACGCAAAGCACACGUUGGUUGGGAUCAAGACAAUGGAUUUUCUAAUAAUAUGUGUGACUCAGAACCUUUGGACGAAAGCAUUAAGAACAUCAUCAUAGCAGCCGGUCAGGAUCCUACAAAUAUGAACAAGAAGACUAUCAAAUUUGUACUUGAUUUCAUAGAAGACUAUAAAGACGAGGAACAGUCAACCCAGUCGAACAAGGCAGCUGUCCAUUUGACUCCUCAGUGUAGUCCUGUGCCUCCUCCACCUCCGAAUCGUACUGUCUCUCUUAAAACAACUAGCCGUCCUGCUCGUCCACCGCCGUCUCCUCCGUCUAUUACUUCAUCACCACCAUUUGGCAGACCAUUGCCUCAGCAGCGUCUCAUUGAAAUGGAGGAUGAAGGUGCAAAACGAACAGCUGAUCAACAGCCAGCCGAUGCUAUCAACUCCAUAUCCAGACGAUUAAGCCAACUCUACGUCGAUGGUGAUCGGCUUUUGAGAGAUGCAAAAGGAGUACCGGAACGAUACAGAAAAUUUGCAAAAGAGUUGGCUGAUGAAUGCAAGAAAGCCAAAACUCUUCUGCAGAAUGCACCAAAAUCUCAUUGUUCAAUAGAAGCCCUCAAAGAAAUUCUCUCUCGCGCUCAUUUCGUGCUCUCAGCCUUGCAAAAACGUGCUAACAACUGGGAUGCAUUUGUGCGAAUAAGAGAGGAAUUGAAAAUUGAAUUGAACAAUCUGCGAAAGCCACUCGAAGAAGCGUUGCGAAAACCAAGAAGAUUUAUCAGUGACGUUAGAAAGGACUUCAAGGUAAUUUCAGAGGAGCAUAGAAAGGCGACUAUUUGUUACAAAGUUCGUAAACUUCAACAGCUCUCUGAAUUACUUGAACCCCUGGAGAGCCCUCGUGCAGAUGCUCGAUUCUUCCACAUUAGCGCACAACAAUUAAAGAAGGAGUACAAAGAAGCAUUGAAUGAGAUGUCAGCUGAAAUUGAGGACGAGUAUCUGCGCUGUGACGAAAUAUUUCACUUCAACGUCGAGACGAGUUCCAUCAUCUGCGAUUUGCUAGACAGAAAGCCCAACCAGGAAAUUAUUGAGAAUGUCGGAAAGUUCCGACUUCCGGCACUUCAAGCACAACUAGCGGCGCUAAAGAAGAAAUACGAAGAGGCUAACCACGCUUGUAAGCAUGUGUGUCCAGACCCCUCUCUCAUUGCUCGCCAAGAAAAUCUUAUGAAGAGCCUUGUCUCGAAACUAGACGAUGCCAAGAAAACUUCUAAGAAGAACGAACUCAAGCGCAUCCUCGUCAGAAUAAUCACCGAGCAACUGUCGCAACUCAAAACGAUUCCUAUUUCCGAACUUACCGAAGAUUCACUGAAUGAGAUGGAGAACCAAAUUCAAACUCUUCCUAGAAACCAGGCUGAUGAACUUCAGAGGCAAAUCGAAAACUUACGAAAUGUCAAAAAGCAGCACUUUUCUGUUCAUCGCACUGUCUUGACACACGUCGAAGAUGCAACUGCUGCCUUUCCAACAGCACAAGAAAUUUCUCAAGAAAAUUCUUCUCUAAUGAAGAACUUUUCGAAGCUUACGAUGGGCACGGCGUGUCCUGCGAACUGUGGACGCAUUUUGAAAGUGGAAGUACAAGUGCGCGAUGGAGAAGCUGCAAUACCUGAUUCGGAGUUUACAAAGCCUACGGAAUUCAACAACACUUGCAUUGCCUUCAAAAACAGUGACAUGCGUGUUUUUGUAAAUAAGGAGUACCUAAUGAUGAACUCGCAAAAAUUUGCGACGUUAUUUACACCGGAGCGCGCUGAAUCUCCUGCUUCCAAUUUGGAUAGGUCCGAGUCGGGCGAUGAUUUCGACAUUCCGAGCUCGCGGGCUAGUAUGCCUGAACAGCCCUCGAGAGAUGACAGCGUUCUCAAUGUCAAUCUUUUUUCUUCUCAUGAUGAUGGUGUUCCAUCCCCAGCUGUCUGCGAAGAACGAGUGUUUUUGCUUGAAGAUGUCAACAUAAAAGAUUUCAUUGCUUUUUUGGAAACCAUUUAUCCACCCUUUCAUAACAUCACAGGUGAAAACGUUGAAAGCGUAUUACCGACGGCUUUUCGCUUUGAUGUUGAGCACAUUUUGAAAAAAUGUGAAAACUAUCUAAGGACUGAAGAUGCUAGGAAAUCGUUCGAUCUUCUCCAAAGACUUGUGUUUGCCACAACUUACAAAAUGGGUUCUCUUCAGAACGAUUGUCUGGCACUACUUCAAAAUUCGUUUGAUGUUUUGCUACUGCUAGACGAUCCACGCGUCCGAAGCAGGAACAUCCCCUCUGAAGCGAAUGGGGCAUCUACGACCUCGAAUGAGGGAAAAGCAGACCAUUUGAGCAAAAUCUGAACAACAAUAUCUACAGUUUUGGGAUUACCUGGCUAAGAAGCCGAACAUUCCUCCGAUUUUUUGAUACAC